AUGACGCAAGCGCACACCCACGGAUUUGCCGCAGAGUCGUCCGCGCAAGGCGCAAAGUCUGCUCCAUGCGACCUGCAAAGUGACGCGAGACUGAUCAGAAAGAAGUCAGGGCAACUCGUCAAAUCCUCGCUUAAGUCGUCCAAAUCCGCUACUCGGGGCUCUCUUUCCGUUAUUACCAUCGGCAAAACGAGUAAAAGUGAGCCCUCAACUCCAACGGGUAAAGCUGUCCACUUUGACGCGAAGCUGGAGCAUGUCAAGCUUUUCUUGGCUGAGCAGAAGCCUCUUGCUGUUUCUAGGGAUGGAAGCCCGACAGAAGACACUAGUGGGACGGACAGUGAUUUCCCUCCGUUUAUUUUUGGCGAUGGGGACGAGAGAUGGUCGAAGAGGAAAUUGGUCAUGCAGUUGCCCAAUAUGCCUGCGAAAGCCGACGUCAACGCGGAGGUUGCUCUGGAGGAGCUGUCCCUUUCACCCGACGGCACCAGCGUUAUGGGACAUGUGCGAGUGAAGAAUAUCGCUUAUGCCAAAUGGGUAGUGGUCCGGUUCACCUUCGAUUUCUGGCAAACGACAAGCGAGGUUACAGGCCGCUACUUGGAGUCGAUCAGUGACGACUUUGAUCGGUUUGUCUUCAGCAUAAAGCUCAACGACUUGCUUGCGAGAAUUGAGGGAAAGACGCUACUUAUGGCUGUCAAGUACAGCGUAGAAAGGAGGGAGAUCUGGGAUAACAACAGUCGCCAAGACUAUCGCGCCAAUUUUACCAGGGUCAACGCGAUAGAGAGAUCAGUGUCGGACGAUGAAAGCAGCGACAUGCUACGCAGCAAAUUGGAGAAAGUCAUUCAGAGUAAAGAGCUGGCAGGCUCUGCAGUCUCAGCUCAACAGACAUUGGGACCGGAUUCAGAACCAGUGGUGGUGGACUUUAAGACCGUUGCGUCAUUAGCACCCCGGUACGACUUUGGGGCGUCUCUCAAAAGCCCUUGGAAACCUGUGGAUUCUCCUCCACGCCAUUGUCGAACUCGCUCAUCUCCUCAAAUCAAUGCUUCGCAUUCUAUUCCGGGCUCGGUUCCAUGGCCUUCGAAGUUUGGGUCAGAUAAAGCAGCACACAACGUCUCAUCCACCACGAAGAACAUACCCACAUUGGGGUCUCCCCGCGACCGAGAUGACUGUUUCCGCCCAGCGCAUUGGUCAGCGUCUGACGUUGACGACCCUCCUUUCCAGAUAUCAAAUACAAGUCAAGGAACACGUCGUCACCACCGUGGAUAUUUUGACCUAAAUGCUAUGGGUGCUUCCAGUCUCAAAAGAACUCCACCUGGGACGCCGCUUGAAGAGGGCUUUCCCGCCUUUUCUUCUUCCAAGUUUCCUUCUUUCCUUCCUAUCGAGGGUUUGCCGCAGCCUUCACCUACCUACAGAUCGCAUAUGAAUGCCGAAACCGUCCAUCCUGCAGCGGACUCGGGUGGAGACAGCGAGAUGUCCACGCCCUGUAUCGCUACGCCUACUUCAUCCCUCCCCAAUACGCCUUCACCUGUCGAGCCCUUCAAGGCGCUUCCCUUAUCAGAAGACGAAGCCAAUCUGAGCCCUGAGACUCAUUAUCGUCAGUUUUUAAACAAGUUCUGUUUCUUUACCGGACCAGGAACUACCAUCGAUCUUUCUGCCCUUCCCCGCACACAAUCUACGUCUGAUAUCGAGGAGUUGCUUUCAGGCACCUCACCUCGCCUUCUAUCUUAUGCCCAAUUCGUCCCUCACUCGCCACCCCGCUCUUCCAGCGCCGACAAUCUCUCACCUAAGAGAGGUAGCGCCCUCACUCCUGCUGUUUCUAGAUUUAGAAUCAGCGAAUCGUCAUCUAUCACCAUUUAAAAAGAAUCGCAACGAAUGGAACUAUAUCCCAGUUGGAGGAACCCCAACAUCGCAUGCGGUUUGUGGUGUAUCUUCCCUGUCAAGGCUUAAUCAAAAUAUCUUUAUUCUCUUGUCUCGUUCCUC